GGUGACGAAAGCAGACUGCGGGGUUGGCUCACGUCAACAGCUUCUUUGUCCAAAGUUGCCCUGACACACCAAACCGACGCUCAACACCCGACGGCCAAGUAGCACUUCAUUCUGUGCCUGCGCAAGAUGAAAUGUCUUUCCGUACCAGCAGGUGGCAGUAGCUGAACGGCCAAUCAGAAUGAUCAGAAUGCCCGACGGACCAACGAGCUCCGCCGCCAAUUCAACAUUUUGAAUCGGCCGAAAAAAUGCCAACGAGGACCAACUUCAGUCGACGGUGCAGAUCACACUGGGAAAACUUAGUCGGCCGACGAACAAAAACUGCCCAAUGGCCGACUAUCGGCUUGCACCAGAACAAAUGCAAGUGCACUCAUAUCGUCUCACCCAAGCGGAGCGUCAGAGAAGAAUGCAACUACAUCUAUGCCUGUAUUGUGGGGGAGAGGAUCUUUUCAUCAUAGCCUGUCCCAUCCGACCACCAUGUCCCGCGGUGAGUACCAUCCAGCUACCUGCUCAAACUGCUCCUCUUACCAAAACUACUGUCCAUGUCCUUAAUGCUCAUACCUGUGUUUCAGCGCAAGUCCUCCUCGACUCCGGGUCAGCAGGGAAUUUUGUCAGCAACGAGAUUCUCCAGAAACUGAACGUACAUCGUAAACGAUGUCAGCAGUAUCUUCAUAUACAAACCAUCCAGGGAAAACCGCUGGGGCGUGGUCACAUCAGACAUUUCUCCCCCACAAUGACGCGCUGCGUCGGCUGCCAACACUCAGAGGAUAUAACGUUCAUGGUGCUGGAAGAAUCCACCGCUGACAUCAUCCUGGGACACCCAUGGUUAAAUCAACACCAACCACACGUACAAUGGAACACGGGUGAGAUCCUCAAGUGGAGUGAUAAUUGUUUCUCUAAUUGUCUAUCUUCCUCCUGCGAAGUUCCGAUCUUCCUCUUCCAAUGACUCAGAAGUUCUUUCUGUUUUCUCCACAUCUAUUGAAAGUCCAUCUGCCCAAGAAGCCUUUAACCAUCUGCAAGAAGCUUUCCUCACCACCUUGAUCCUCAUCCAUCCGAAUCCAGAGAUUCCAUUUGUCGUUGAGGUGGACGCUUCUUCUACAGGGGUCAGGGCGGUGUUGUCACAGUGGCAGGGUGAUCCCCCAUGACUCCAUCCAUGUGCCUUUACUCCAAAAAUCUAUCCCUGGCGGAGCAAAACUAUGACAUCGGGAACAGAGAACUACUUGCCAUCAAGUUAGCUCUGGAGGAGUGGAGACACUGGCUGGAGGGAGUGAAUCAUCCGUUUGAGGUCAUCACCGACCACCGGAAUCUGGAGUACCUUCGAGAAGUCACUCACAGAGACACAAUCAACGCCCACCAACACUCAAGCAUUGUCACCAGAUCUCCAUACUCCGCCCACUCGUUCACUCUCCCCUAAAUACUAUUCACGAGCACCUGCACCUCAUCAUUACGGACACUAUAUAGACUCAUGUUUCCAUCAGUUUCCAUCAGUCUCGUCAAACACACCUGGACUCCUUACCCGCUACUUACCUGUUAUCCUGCUGUUGCCUCUUCGUCUCCUGUGUCCUGUUCUCCAUGUUCUCCAUCCAUUCCUACGAAGACAUUCCAAAGUUUACCCAUCAGCUAAGUGUCUGUUUGUUUGUGCUUGCAACUCUACUUACCACAUUGACUGUCAUCACCUGUGUUCAUGCCUCUGUUAAUAAACAUCUGUGUUCUGUGAUCUCUGUCUCCAUCUGACAAUGCCACCAUUGUUAUAUAAAUCUUUAGUGAAAAAUCUAUUAACAGAAAAUUUCUACAAUUUUCUAUUAUAAAUUCUACAAGUUAGUCAAUUUACCACAUGUGAGCGUGUGAACUGGCUGAAAUGCGUGUCUCUCAUGGUGAAUGUGUGAGACUUGAUAUGUAUUUAUGUAUCAUGUAUUUAUUUGGUUAUUUAGUUUAAUGUUUUAUCUGUCUCAUCCCUGUGCUUUUGUUGAUACCUGACAAAUGCAUUCGCAUAUCUUUCACAGAUUCACACACUCCGGUUAACUCGUAUAACUUUUAACUCCUGUUUUCUUCUCAUGAGUUCCCUCUAUUGUUCUGGCAAUUAAGUUUGGCACCCAGCACCCAGCUGUGUCUCAUUAAUUAAGUCUCGUUUGGUCCUUGUUUGCCCUGUAUAUAUUCCCUGUGUUCUCCCUCUGUCUUUGUAGGUUCUCAUUUAUGUUCAUGGUUUGGUUUUCCCUUUGUACUCCUGUUAAGUUUCAUUAAAGUCUGUUCAUUGGAUUCUCCUUCAUCGUGUGCUUAGUCAACCAAAAUGUACCAUUACAGAAGAACCGACCAAACCAACACCUAUCUGGCUGAGGAUUGCCUGCAGGCUUAAGGCAGAGUGGUCAUCCGUUGGAGAGGUAUGUGGAGGAGUUUUCUGAGCUCUCUUGUCAGGUGGGCUGGCUGGAGGCUUCCCUUAGUGCUUGUUUUCUGAUGGGCCUGGAUGAGGAUACCAUUCGUUAUUGUGAACAUACUUGUUAUCUCUCUCUAGUCGAGUCCAUUAAUCUCGUUCUCUAUUUAAAUGGUUCAGAUUUUGAAGUUGAAGAAGUUAAAGUAGAGAAGUAUCAUCCUCGUCCAGCCCCAUCAGAAACACAAGUGGCCUGGUCAGCUCACUCUCUGCCGGCUCCCUCCACAUACCCCUCCAAUGAAUCGGUCCAUCUCUACCCUCCAGCAUUUCCCCACGUCCUCAGUUCAGGGAUCCUGAUGGCUGCCAUCCCAGAGCCUCGAUGCAAGAUGGCCGCCACUCCAGAGUCUCAGCACAAGAUGGCCGCCACUUCAGAGCCUUGUCGCAAGAUGGCCGCCUCCACUUCAGAGCCUCGUCACAAGAUGGCCACUGCCACUUCAGAGCCUUGUCGCAAGAUGGUCGCCGCCACUUCAGAGCCUCGUCGCAAGAUGGUUGCCGCCACGCCUGAGCCUUCAGUCAAGAUGGCCUCCGCCACACCUGAGCCUUCGGUCACGAUGGCCGCCACCACAGUUAUGAAUCUAUCCAUUCCCAACCUUGGUGGCCAAGCCUGGGGUCUGGGUCAAGGCCAUGGAACCCGAGGGGCCUGCCCCGCCAUGGUGUCCCGAAUGGCCAGCACCACCAUGGCCUCCCGAAUGCCCAACACUGCCAUGGCCACCCGAACUGCCUAACCCACCAUGACCCCCCGAACUUCCUGACCGGCCAUGGCCCACCAAACAUCCUGACCGGCCAUGGCCCACCAAACAUCCUGACCCGCCUUAGCCCUCGAACAGGCCAUGGUAGAGAGAGUCAUUGAGCAGCAGAAGGCCAUUGCUCAUGUCCUGUCCUCUGACAAGAAGUCAUGGCAUCUUAUCUCAACAUGGCAGGACAUGGACAUGCUAGAUGCGAUCAACAAAUCCCUGCAGCUUCUAGUUGAGUUUACAGAUGCACUGUCUAGUGAAAAGUAAGUCAGCGUGUCAUUUGUAAAGCCAGUUCUUCAUCUUUUUAACUAGUCAGUCUUGAAAGUUAAGGAUGAUGAUACUGACCUGUCAAGAGCAAUGAAGUCUAGUAUCAUGGAAAAAUACAGUGACCCACAAAUCCAGGCUCUGUUGGACAUGGCAUACUGUAGAUGAGUUACACCAAAGACAACAAAACAUCAAUACAAGCCAGACUGAAAUCCGAGAUGAAGACUGUGGCAGUGACGGUAAUAAAAAACAAGUGCUGCACUGUGAUAUAUAUAGUUAUUUGAAUCUCUGCAGACAUACAGUCAUGCAACCUGAGUAGUGAGGGGAACUGACUAAAAUGGUGGAAGGAAAAUUAAAAGGUCCACCCUAGGCUUUCAAAAGUGGCAAAGAAAUACUUGUGCAUACCAGCUACAAGUUCUCCUUCAGAGAGAGCUUUUAGUGUCGGGGGGGAAAGUUGUUACUUGCUUGAGGUCCACCCUAAAGCCAGAUCAUGUUGACAGACGUGUGUUUCUAGUCAAAAACAUAGCACAAGUACAUACAUGUAUGCCUAUCAUAGGAUAGAGAAAAAAAAUGAAUAAUUAAUUUUUCACAUUGGAGUUUUAUUCAAAUUGAAUUUUAUUUCCAUUUGGCAUGUAAAAGAGGCCCACUUUUAUUUUUACCUGAGUUAAACAUUUUCGUCAGAUGUUACAAUACAGUAACAUACAGUAUUUAUGUUCUGAUUGUAAUGUUUUUUUUGUUUU